UUUGAACGUUCCGUCGCCGAGAAGUCGUGUGUGCGUAUCUUUGCUCUUCGUGGCAUUUUUGCUAACACCAGUGAAAGUAAAAGAGAUUUUUCUCGGUGUUCCUCUCGUUGUUGCAACUGAAAUCACUCGCACUUUGAAAUAAUGGCACCACCAUCGUACUCCGAUCUUGGCAAGCAGGCGCGCGAUGUCUUCAGCAAAGGCUACCACUUCGGUCUGUGGAAGCUGGACGUCAAGACGAAGACCAACUCGGGCGUGGAGUUCAGCACGAGCGGCCACUCGAACCAAGACACCGGCAAGGUGUUCGGCUCGCUCGAGACCAAGUACAAGGUGAAGGAGUACGGGCUGAACUUCUCGGAGAAGUGGAACACAGACAACACGCUCACUUCGGAGGUAUCGGUAGAGAAUCAGCUGGUGAAGGGCCUGAAGGUGUCCUUCGAUGGCAUGUUCGUGCCACACACCGGGUACGUGCGAAGGGAACGCGGUGGUCGCCGGCUGAGCUGCGGCUUUUCCUUCAAGUAUCGCCACAAACUGGCCACGUCCGGUAAUAACGAACCCGUUAUCACUCUGUCUUACAGAAGCAAAACGGGACGCUUCAAGACUGCCUACACGCACGAUCGUGUCCGCGUUGACGCUGACUUUAACGUCGACCUGAGCGGUCCGCUCGUCAAUGCGUCCGGCGUCGCCAGCUACCAGGGCUGGUUGGCCGGUUACCAGGUUGCAUUUGACUCGCAGAAGUCGAAAAUUACCGCCAACAAUUUCGCUGUCGGCUACUCGGCCGGCGACUUUGUGCUGCACACCAAUGUCAACGACGGGCGCGAGUUCGGUGGUCUGAUCUAUCAGCGGUGCAACGAUCGUCUGGAGACCGCCGUUCAGCUAUCGUGGGCUAGUGGCUCGAACGCGACCAAGUUCGGUCUGGGUGCCAAGUACGAUCUGGACAAGGAUGCUUGCGUGCGCGCCAAGGUCAACAACCAGAGCCAGAUUGGUCUCGGCUAUCAGCAGAAGCUGCGUGAUGGAGUCACAUUGACUUUGUCUACGCUGGUCGAUGGCAAGAACUUCAACGCUGGUGGCCACAAGCUCGGUAUCGCUCUGGAGCUGGAGGCUUAAGGGGGAAUCAGGCGAAGGAAGUAAAGGAGGACGGUGUGUGUUGGCCGUGCCCACGCCAUCCGUACGAGCGAGCGUCGUAUUUUGUGUUCUUGCGCCCGUUAGUCCCGCCCACCCGUUGUCGGGAUCGUUCCUGCGACCAGAGCCUGCGCCAGAAGACCGUCUGUGUGCGUCGUGUGUGUGAGUGUGGUGGGUAGUGGUGGUGUAGUUGAAGCGUUUUAAGAAAUAUUAAACCAUCGGGGCAAGGAGCUCUCUCCUAGCCUUUCCUACUACCUACUAAUAUGCUACAAUAUUGAAUAAAUCGAGAAUCACAUGAAGAGAGAACCAUAUAAAAACUGCAAAGCGAGCCUCGGGAAAACACCGCAGAUGGAGCAGAGAGCAUCAUAAAAACACGCAUCCAAUAACAAGCCGCCCAAAGGCGCACUGAGAAGCCAAGCCAGUUUUAUCGUUUGAAUGCUUGCGUCUGCGUCUUUAUGUCAAAACACGCGUUUGCUUGCGUUAGCUCAAACACACCAAAAUGCUACAUCAACACGCUUUUCGAAAGCGACCAAACAUAACAAAUAAUGGCUGCUCUCCUGCCAUGCUCCAAAAUUGGGUACAAUCGCCAACGAAAGAACAAUCGAACGGCACGGGCAAGACAAAAAAUGACGAAAAUCGCCACACACACGUGCUCGCGUGUACUGCCGGAGGGGGCAAAUAAGACAUUGCAACAAAAGACGGCACAAAGGCCAGGUAGAAUAAAGCGAAAUGGUUAUUUGUUAGUCUCUAGAAA